AUGUUGUCCAGAGUAAUGUUUAGACGUGGUUUGGUAGGUGCCCGCGGGAUUGGCGGUGCGCGGAGGUCGCUUGUGUCGGUGACGCAGACGCAGACGAGGUUGCAGGCAAGGUUGCAGUCGCGGCUGCAGCCCCUGCGCAGCGUUCAGAUCCGGAAGUAUUCCGAGCACGCGGAUGAGGAGACGUUUGAGGAGUUUACUGCGCGGUUCGAGAAGGAGUUCGACGAGGCUUACGAUUUGUUCGAGGUGCAGCGAGUGCUGAACAACUGUUUCUCGUACGACCUGGUGCCCGCGCCUGCUGUCCUGGAGAAGGCGCUGCGGGCAGCGCGCAGGGUCAAUGACCUGCCCACCGCGGUGCGCGUCUUCGAGGCCCUCAAGUACAAAGUCGAGAACGAAGAUCAGUACAAGGCGUACCUCGAGGAACUUAAGGAUGUCAGAUCCGAAUUGGGCGUCCCACUGAAGGAGGAGCUCUUCGACCCAGAAACGACAGUACAGAACCCAUCGAAUUGA